UUCCUGAAUAAAUUCGCCGAUACAAUGCAGUCAUAUUUUGGCAAACUCAAUGAGGAGAACGUCAAAAACAACUUCGUGUUGAUCUAUGAGCUGUUGGACGGCUUAGUCCUGAGCUCUCUCAGUGAUACAGCACCAAUACUGCCAGGUCUUAGUAAGAGAGUCAGACGAGCACGCGAAGACGAAAUUGUGGAUUUCGGUUACCCGCAGAACACGGAUCCAGGGGUUCUUAAAACGUUCAUCACUCAACAAGGUGUGCGCACUGCGGAAACCAAUGUACCAGUG